UGACGCUCGGCCAUUGCCGCUUCCGCGUUCCGCACAUAGUAAACUGGGAGUCCCGGGGAAAAUGGCGUUCACGGAGGAUUCUGUCAAGUAGAACUCCUUAUUGACCAAGGAUAGAAUAAGUUACGGGGGCUCAGAUCGUAGGGGGAGAGGGCCAGUCCCCCCCUCCCCACAAGAAGCUCGUUGUAAUGGCUUCGCCUCACGGCCGCUUUUGGCCUUGGGCCUUGGAGAUCCUGGAAGUGUCGCUCCGAGUCCCUUGCAUUUUCAUCAUCGACGCCAUCUUUAACUCUUACCAUGACUUGGGCUCCGGCUGGGCCAGCGUCUGUGCGCGGAUCCUCUUCAGCUUAAUGGGGGUCCUUGUAUCCAGUGUUGUCCUCCUCCUAUCCCAGAAGGCUCUCUUCAGAUUCUACAUGCUGUGUUUUGCCGUGCUGCUGGGCGCAGUCACCAUUCUCAUCAACUAUGUCACCUUGCACAUCGAUUUCUACAGCGCUUAUUACACGGCGGUACUGGGCAUUAAGCUGCUUCCCCGCAGUGGGCCUUCACUCUGGCUCGGAAUCCUAAUGCUCCAGCUAAUAUUUGGAAUUGGCUAUGUCACCUUAUUGAACGUUCAGUCCAUUUUGGCUGCUUUAACUGUAUUGAACAUAAUGAUCCCUACGCUCUGCUUUAUAAUUGAGCUACCAGUAGAAGUGAGGGAGUUGAUAGCAGCGGCUUCAGGUUUCAUUUUGGCCAUAAACACUUUAGUAUUUUUAACAGUCAAAUUGAAGCACCUUUAUUAUUCUGUCCGUUAUGUUUAUCUUCUCAUUCGACACAUGUUCCGUAUUUAUGGAGUGCAGCUGCUGGUGGAAGACACUUGGAAAAGGAUCCGCUUCCCCGAUGUACUUCGGGUUUUCUGGCUCACACGGCUAAUGGCCCAAGCUGUCAUAUUGGUUUAUGUUGUCAAAGUGGCAGUCAAUGAUGAAAAAAAUCUCCAUUACCUGAUCUCUUGGAGUGAUUUCUGGGAGGUGCUUUGUAACCUCAUCAUAAGCGGCUGUGAUUCGACCUUAACAGUCCUGGGCAUGAGUGCAGUUAUUUCAUCCAUCGCACAUUAUGUUGGACUGGGGAUUUUGGCUUUCAUUGGAUCCACCGAAGAAGAGGACAAACGUUUGGGCUUUGUGGCCCCCGUCCUUUUUUUCAUUUUAGCGCUUCAGACUGGUCUCAGUGGCCUGGACCCCGAAGAGAGGCUUGUUCGACUAAGCCGCAACAUGUGCCUUCUGUUGACUGCUAUUUUGCAUUUCAUCCAUGGCAUGACAGACCCUGUCCUCAUGUCUCUGAGUGCCUCACAUGUGUCCUCUUUCCGCAGACAUUUUCCAGUUCUUCUGGUCUCCUUUUGUCUAUUUGUACUGCCCAUUUUGCUUAGCUAUGCCCUCUGGCAUCACUAUGCCCUGAACACUUGGCUUUUUGCGGUGACCGCUUUCUGCGUUGAAUUGUGUUUAAAGGUCAUUGUUUCUCUUACAGUGUACACCCUCUUUAUGAUUGAUGGGUACUAUAAUGUCCUGUGGGAGAAGCUCGAUGACUAUGUGUAUUAUGUGCGCUCUACUGGCAAUGUUAUUGAAUUUAUAUUUGGCGUGAUUAUGUUUGGGAAUGGAGCCUACACCAUGAUGUUCGAAUCGGGCAGCAAGAUCCGGGCAUGUAUGAUGUGCCUUCAUGCCUACUUUAAUAUUUACCUUCAAGCUAAGAACGGGUGGAAAACAUUCAUCAAUCGUAGAACUGCCGUCAAAAAAAUCAAUUCGCUUCCUGAGCUGAAGGGAAACCAGCUGCGGGAAAUUGAAGAUGUAUGUGCAAUAUGCUACCAGGAAUUCAGUACGUCUGCACGCAUUACACCAUGCCACCAUUAUUUCCAUGCCCUUUGCCUCCGCAAGUGGCUCUACAUCCAGGACACUUGCCCCAUGUGCCAUCAGAAGGUGUACAUCGAGGAAGACACAAGAGACAAUAUUACCAUUUCCAACAACAAUGGAUACGUAGCGCCAAAUGAAAACCUGCGGGGCUUGUUGGCAGAAGGCCGUCCAGAAGCUGCUGUAGUCGGGCCCGAGGCUGAAAACGAACUAAAUGAAGACAAUGAUAGUAUUGAAUAUGACGAGGAGAGCUGGGAGAUGCAAAAUGGUGCUACUGUUAUAGAAGAGGAGUAUAUUAAUGAUGACACAGACUCGAGUAGCGAAUGUUAAGAAAUCUGAAAGAGAGAUUUCAUUUUUACCUGUUGGCAUCAGGCAAGAUCUUUUUUUUUUGUGGGAAGGGUAAGAGGUAAUGAUUAAUAUGAGGUAUACGAUACAGUGCAUAUGCGACCUGUUUGUUUGUUUUCACAUUACUAUAACAAGGCAGGUCCAUUGGGCCUGUAAUUUUGAUUGGAAUUAUGUUUCGUUUCACCAAUAAUGAUUUAAAAUCAAAUCUCCUAGUUCUUGAAUUUGAAACAUGAAAGCUGUAAUAACCUAUUUAAUUUGUGCAUAGUUUUGAGUAUUGUUGUUUGUUAACAUAAUUUGUUAAAGCACAAUGAUUGAUACAUACUGGAAAACAUUUAAAAUCUCCUUAGGAUGGCAAGCUUAAUUUAUUGUGAUAUGCUACUGUAUGUUCACAACUGUACCUCUUAUCAUUACUACUGGUCUCUUGUGUGACCUUACUAAAUUUGUGUACAUUAUUGUACAUGCAAUAAAACAUGGCUUUCAUUUUUA